UUUUCACUUGAAUGCCUCGCGUGCAAUAUCGAUCUCUUAUAAAAAAAGGUUAAGUACCACUUCGAGCUAGGGCAAGCUCGAAGUGGUACCUAAAAGCCCCGCUCAAAUAUGUUAUACUAUGAACAAAGCAUAUAUUUCCAAUCUAUACCAUUCUUUAGAUUGUCUGGCAAAAUACAAAAAUAGGUGCUUUUUUCACGUUUUCCUCUGUUUUUGUUCAUGGUAUCGUGUUUCCCACUUGGAUGCCCCGCGUACUUAUCGAGUACUUGGUGACCCUACUCAUAAGAGAGCAAAAUGCUACCGCAAGAAAAAACAUCAUCACAAGCACAGGGCUGACUCCUUCUGUUCUAAGGACAAGUUGCUUUACCAGCCUAGUUAGUCAAGAUGUCCUCUGUGCCGAUAAUCAAUAUAUCCAAAUUUUUGCAAGUCGGCGAGUCGGGACUGGCAAAGGCUAUUGCGAGGGCAUGUUCGGAUGUUGGCGCAUUCUAUAUCACCGAUCAUGGAAUCUCCGACAGUACUAUCACUACACUUGAAACAAAAGCACAACAGUUAUUCAAGUUACCGCUUAAAGACAAACAGGAGCUGUCGUUCAAAAAAAGCAAAGCGUUCAGAGGAUACUUUGAGAAAGGGGCGGAAAAGACAGCGGGUCUUCCUGACAUUAAAGAAGGUUUUUUUCUUGGCCCUGACGCGUCCCCAGAUGACAAGGAUUUACAAGCUGGUGUUCCCAUGGUGGCUCCAAACACGUGGCCCAGUGAGAGGCUGGUUCCAGGAUUUUGUAGCUCUCUGAACGAUUAUACCACAGCAAUGACAAACUUGGGAAAGGUGAUGACGCAGUCGAUCAUGCAGGAACUCGAGGUCCCAGAGGAUCUUCUACGCCAGAUAUUCGACCCCCCAUUCUACAACCUCACCUUGUGGCACUACCCUGCUGUGUGCACUGACAAACAUGUCCCCACGGGGUGGGGGAUAGGGCCACACACUGACUACGAGGCCGUCACCAUCUUGCACCAGGAUCCGGUCGGGGGGCUUCAGGUGCAGACCAAGCAAGGGGAAUGGGUCGAUGUCCCACCAAUACAAGGUACCCUGGUAGUGUUGCUGGGUGAUGCACUCGAGUGCUUGACAAACGGACUCUACCGAGCUCCAGUUCACCGAGUAAAGAACUCGCCACAACACAGCCGAUACUCAAUCACCUACUUCUUCCAACCUAACAUCAACGCUGUAAUCCAGCCUCUUGACGUUCCGAAAAUACGGAAUCGGGAAUACAAGCCUACGAGGGAAAACGCUACGGCGAUGCCAUUUCAUUAUGGAUACAAUCUGCAAAUGCGUUACGCGCAAUCCUUCGGCAAAGGGAACCAAGCUAGGGAAGAAAAUGCUGAUAAGUAAUUUAAUGACAUGGCAAGUGCUCAAUGGGAAGUGAUUGAGUCACUUACAGGGCAGCUAUAGGGCUUUUUAGUUAUCGAUCUUUUAUAAAUUUGCGCAGGUUAAAUUGACUUUCUUUUUAUCUUUGUUCUUAGGCGUCAUGCAUAUGUCAACUUUUCUGUUUUUUGUUUUUGUUUUUUUUGACCAGUUCUGUUGUGCACCAAACCCCGGCCCAAGGGAUUCCAACCUAUUAUUUGGUCAUGCAAAGGUGCGCAAGACAUGGCUCACAAAUUCGAUGAAA